UUCUGAACAUCAAUAAAUUGGACGUCUCAUGAGACAAAAACCCCAGGGAUCUCUUGUAACAUUUUGCAAGUACCAACGGAAAUCAACAAACAAACGUCAACAUGGUCGACUGGACAGAUGCUGAGCGCAGUGCCAUCGUAGGCCUGUGGGGAAAGAUCAGCGUGGAUGAGAUCGGACCCCAGGCCCUGGCCAGACUUUUGAUCGUGUCUCCAUGGACUCAGAGGCACUUUAGCACCUUCGGCAACCUAUCCACACCCGCUGCCAUCAUGGGUAACCCCGCCGUGGCCAAGCACGGAAAGACCGUGAUGCACGGACUGGACAGAGCGGUGCAGAACCUGGAUGACAUCAAGAACACCUAUACUGCACUGAGUGUGAUGCACUCGGAGAAACUGCACGUGGAUCCCGACAACUUCAGGCUCCUUGCGGAUUGCAUCACCGUGUGCGUGGCCGCCAAGCUCGGUCCCGCCGUUUUCAAUGCUGAUACUCAGGAAGCCUUCCAGAAGUUCCUGGCUGUCCCUUAUACACACACUGCAAUGUAGGACGUGUAAUCUUCGGAAGAGUUUUGCCAUAACCUUGCUUUUAUUCUUGCAUCAGAGGAAUACAUUAAAACUGAUAACUAAGCUGUUAUCAUGCGAAUUUUGAAACGUUGGUAAUCUAGAUAAACUGUAUAGGCCUAUUUACAUAAACUUCCAUUUUUUAGGAUCUAAUCUACAGACUUGAUUCUGUAACAGCUAAUAAAUUAACAUUUACUGUUGUUUUUAACAGAUAAAUUAUUGGAAUUGAUGUUGGAAUUGAGAAGCGCUCACUUGGCCAAUACUGAUCUUUGCCAGAGCCAAUCAUAUGCGCCGUCUUCAGUGGGCGGAGAGCACUCAUAAAUAUAAAUUGCAUGCAGUGUCUCCCUACACAAGACAUUAAUUUGUUUAAUCUUGUUGCAAAACCGGAAAA